UUAAAACCAACCUAAAGCUCCUUUUUCCAUUAUUCUAAAGGUAGAUCCGAGUAUUACUGACUUAAGCAUCGAAGUGUCUACCCUGAGGAUCCACCUCGAGGAUUUGCAAGUUCAUCUAGAGUGAAGACGUAGACUGAAGAAGGAUCUCUCGUUUGGUGCAAUUACAUUGGCGCCAUCUGUAGGAAUCCGAGCUAAAAGCUCCUUUGUUGCUUUCUCAUCAUGGUCAACACUCGAUCUAUCCGAGCUGGAAAUCAGGCUCAACCUCUUAGACAAGGUCAAGGGCAAUACCCUAACAACCUCCCACCUCACCUCCCACCUCAAAUCCCAAACCUAUUCCCUUUUGUUGAACAUGCAGAAGGAGGAGAUGAAAACCAACCUCACAACUUAGCCCACAACUCAGCUUCCACUCCUAAUCAAGGAAAUGUAGUCACAACUCAACUUGCUGCUAUGCAACAGCAGUUCGGUGUCUUUCAGAUAGUCUUGGCUCAGCUCUUAGCUCGGAAUAAUCCUGGUGAUCCCCUCAUCAAUCUACUUAACCUUACUCAACAACCCCCUGUUCAACAACAGGAUCCUCAACUAGUUCAACAUGCUCCUGCUCUUAGUGAGUCUCAAGGUCAGUCUCACGUAGCCCCAGUUCAACAACCUCUACCUAAUGAUGUCACACGACGUUUGGAUAGCUUAGAAAAACUGGCAGCCAAGCAACGAGUUAAACAGAGGGACGGAGAAUCUCUAAAGAAUUACAUGAGCAGGUUCAAUGAUGCAAUUCUCGAAGUCAGCUCAUUCAACCAAGCCAUAGGAAUUGCGGCUGUAAUUCAAGGUCUCCAACAUGAGAGAUUCGGAGAUAGCUUAAUUAAGCAUCCUGCUGCUACUUUUAAUGAGGUUAAUGACAGAUCCUUGAAAUUCAUAACUACUGAGGAAUAUGCCUUAUCACAAAAACCAUUUCUUCCCAAGAAUCAAAACCUAGAUUGGAAAGAUGAGGGUCAGAGCAGAAAGUGGAUCAAGACAGUACAGAGCCGAGAGCAACUAAAGUUCGUUAGAGAACAAGGGCCACAACCACAAAGAUCUUGUAAUGUAAGCAACAGGCAAGGCGUGGGACAUCAACAAGCUUCACCUCCACUCCCACCACCAGCCAGAAUUAUACAUAUGAUUACAGGAGGCUUGGAAGCACGGGGUUUGAGCUCUAAACAACAAAAAUUGUAUAUCAGGGAGAUGAAACGUCAAAACCGAGCUCAGAAACGAAAGUUUAACGACGUUGACUGGAAUAAUCAACCCAUCACUUUCACACCUGCCGACUUCGAUGCAAUUAUCACACUUCAUAAUGAUCCUUUGCUCACUUCCAUUAUGAUUAACAGUUAUAAGAGGUACGAUGGUCCUAUAUAUGGAUUCAAUAACCAACCUGUUCAGGUAGAAGGAGUCUUUACCCUUAAUGUUGCUUUUGGGAGCAGCCGAACUUAUGUUACCCCUUCAGUUCAGUUUCUAGUUAUCAAAAUGGCAUCCUUCUUUAAUGUUGUUAUCGGACGACCUACAUUAAUUGAGAUCCGAGCUGUGGUCUCUCAAUCUCACCUCUACAUGAAGUUCCCAACCCCCAUGGGGAUAGCAACACUACAAGAGAUAAUAGAUAACCGACCUGAAGAUGAAACUAGAGCUACCCCAGUUGAGGAUGUAGAGGAAGUGCAACUUCAUGACAGAUAUCAAAACAGGACGACACAAAUUGGAACUCGGUUGAACCCAAAGGAAAGAACAGAGCUAAUAGCUUUCCUCCGAGCGAACAAAGAUGUCUUUGCUUGGACCUCAGUAGACAUGCCAGGGGUUCCAACCUCGGUUAUAAAAGAAAAAGUAGAGAAACUCCUGCAAGCUGGCUUCGUCAAGAGAGUUGAUUACUAUGAAUGGGUGGCUAAUCCAGUGUUGGUCAAGCAAGCAAAUGGUAAAUGGCGAAUGUGCAUCGAUUACACAAAUCUCGACCAGGCUUGUCCCAAAGACUGUUAUUCGAUGCCAAGCAUUGACAAACUAGUUGAAGCGGCUUCCAAAAAUGAGAGAUUAAGUCUCUUAGAUGCAUAUUCUGGUUACCACCAAGUGCCGAUAGCUCCGGAGGAUGAAGAGAAAACCUUUUUCUAUGCUGGUGAUGAAAUUUAUUGUUAUGUCAUGAUGCCCUUUGGCUUAAAGAACACAGGUGCCACUUACCAGAAGAUGGUGACCAUCGUAUUCCGAGCUCAAAUCGGCAAGAAUCUGCAAGUUCAUGUUGAUGACAUCGUGGCUAUAGAUGGAGAAAUCCUCUAUUUGCACCUCGGUAUUUCAAAUGAAGCAAUUAGUUCUGUCCUAGUGAGAGAAGAAGGCAAACAGCAGAAACUGAUUUAUUAUACCAGCAGUGUACUACACAAAGCAAAACUAAGAUACCCUAUUGUUGAGAAAGUGGCGUUAGCAGUUAUCACUUCGGCCAGAAAGCUGAGGCUAUAUUUCCAAUCACACCCAAUCAUAGUCCUCACAGACCAACCUCUCCAACAGAUCCUUCCGAAGCUAGAGUGCUCAAGAAGCAUUGGAGCUAAAAGUCACAGCCAUAAGAGUUACAGUGACUCGCAACUUGUGGUUAAUCAAGUCAACUCAGUCUGCAAGGUUGUUGAUCUUGUCAUGAUGAAGUAUGUAGCCCUGGUGGCCGAGUUGAAGUGCAAGUUCCAAAAAUUUUGUUUGAGCAAAAUUCCUCGAUCCGAGAAUGAACAGGCAGAUUCACUUUCUAAGUUCGCCUCUGAUAGCUCCUUAAGCUACAGAUCAAUUUUCGUUGAAGUUUUAGAUGAGCCGAGCUUUAUGAAGCCAAGAAUGAUGGAGAUUAGCACAGACCCAAAUACACUGAGCUGGAUAGAUCCAAUUGUCUCUUUUUUACGAAAUUGGUCAGUGCCUGCAGAUAAGCAAGAAGAGAUAAGGUUGAGAAAGAAAGCAUCUCGAUACACACUCAUUGAUAGGGUCCUCUAUAAGAGAUCUUUUUCACUUUCUCUCCUACGAUGCUUGAAUCCUUAUGAAGUUGAGUACGCACUUCGGGAGGUACAUGAAGGUGUAUGUGGAAGCCACAUUGGUGCUAGAACCCUGGCUCACAAAGUCCUCAGACAAGGAUAUUACUGGUCGAAUAUGUAUAAGGAUGCUACUCACUUUGUACAAAAAUGCUCGAAGUGCCAAUUCUUCGCGCAUUUAACUCACCAACCGGUAGAAGAGCUCACCAACUUGGUAGCACUGUGGUCAUUUGCUUUGUGGGGACUUGAUCUUCUAGGCCCAUUCAUGAAGGGGGUUGGAGGUGUAACCCAUCUAAUUGUUGGUGUUGAUUAUUUUACGAAAUGGGUUGAAGCUCGGCCAUUAUCCAGUCUUACUUCCAAAAAGGUCGAAGACUUUGUUUUCAGCUCAAUCAUCUGUAGAUAUGGAAUUCUGAAUCAGAUUAUAGCUGAUAAUGGUACUCAGUUUAACUGCUCUUCAUUCAGAGAUUUUUGCUCCAAUUACCGAAUCAAACUACAGUUUACCUAAGUAUACCAUUUGGAGUCCAAUGGUAUGAUCGACUCUGUAAAUAAAGCUAUCCUCAAGGGAAUAAAGCCAAGGUUGGAGU